GGAUCCUGUGAGCUGUCUCUCCGUGCAGACGCGCCUCACAGCAGCCGCAGCAGCUGCAGCUCCUCGGCGGCAGAUUCAUUGACACGCAGGUGAAGGAAUAUGAAACGCUUCUGAGACAAAGGUCAAUGUGGUCACUGAAGCAGCAAUCGAGGAUAGUUGUCAGUCGUCGUGGAUUUUUGAAGUCUGUCUCUAUAGCAACCCAUUUGUCCUCCUGAGCACUGCUGCCAAGUUACCCUCUCUGCCGCACGGCAAGUCUCUCCUCAUCCCCCUGCCCAGUCACUGUCUCCGAACCGCGUUGGUAUGGACACAGAGUCGACUCAUUCUGGCUACUCCUAUCACUCCAGUCGCUCUGGGAGAUCAAACCGGCAUGGAGAUCGAAGCCGUGAGCGACACAAAGCUAGCAGCAGUAAAGACAGCAGCCGCUCCGAGAGGUCUGUCGUAAUCAACCCCCCUGACACUCCUUCCCAGGACUCCCCUGUCCAUAACGGAGAACCGCUGCCUGGAGAGCCCACACCAGCAGCAGAGCAUGUUGAUGAGGCGCAGGAUGAUAACUGGGGAGAAACCACCACCGCUGUUACGGGAACAUCGGAGCUCAGUAUUUCACAGGAGGAGGUGGUGGGCCUGGGGAAAGGAAUACAGGACCGGACCCAAGGUUUCCGGCGUUAUCUUCCCCUAGCUGUGGGCUCAUGCGUGGGGCUGUUGGUGCUUGCCACGCCCUUGGUCUUCCUGCUUCUUCCAGCAGUAAUGUGGCCCGACAGGCUGCAGGUGUGUGGUGCGGCCUGUGAGGGCCUCUUCCUCUCCAUUUCCUUCAAGCUCCUCAUCCUCCUGGUUGCUGUUUGGGCCUUGUUUCUGCGGCCCAGCCGGGCAUGCCUGCCAAGAGUGUGUGUGUAUCGUGCCUUCCUCAUCACACUCACACUCCUGCUCACCAUGUCUUAUUGGCUCUUCUACGGGGUCCGUAUCCUUGAUGCUCAGGACGAUGAUUACCACGGUAUCGUCCAGUUUGCCGUGUCCCUCGUGGACUCCCAGCUGUUUGUUCACUACCUGGCAGUCGUACUUCUGGAACUCCGCCAACUCCAGCCCUGCUACAGUGUGUGUGUCAUCCGCUCCACAGAUGGAGAGACUCGUCACUACAACAUAGGACAGCUCAGUAUUCAAAGAGCUGCUCUGUCCAUUCUGGAGUAUUACUACAGAGAUUUUCCACUCCAUAACCCGGCCCUGCUCUCUGCUUCCAAACACCGAGCCGCCAAACACCUGGCUGGGUUAAAGGUCUACAAUGUAGAUGCCCCAGGGAAUGCAGCAGGGGCUCAGCCAAGUAAUGGAAAUCAGUCACGGGCUAUGGUUACAGCUGCCGGGAAACGUAAAGACAGCGCCCACAAUGAGCUGUACUAUGAGGAGGCCGACUAUGAGAGAAGAGUCCGCAAACGUAGAGCCAGGCUGGUAGUUGCUGUUGAGGAGGCCUUCACACAUGUCCGCCGCAUGAAGAAAGAGGAUGAGCGUGCAACACCAUCUGACAUUAUGGAUGUGCGCGAGGCAGCUCUGGCCAUAUUUCCAUCUAUGGCUCGGGCUCUGCAGAAGUACCUCCGCACCACCAGGAGGCAGCACUGUCACAGCAUGGAGAGCAUCCAGAAGCAUCUUGCUUUUUGCCUGGUCAAUAAUAUGAGCCCUAAGGCCUUCCUCGAGGCCUAUCUAGUCCCGGGUCCAACCCUGCAGUACGGCCCAGAGCGCUGGAUGGCUGAUCAGUGGACCUUAGUGAGCGAGGCGUCUGUGACCAGUGGCAUUAAAGAGGGGACAGAGUUCCUGCUGAAGUGUCUCGACUUUAGUUUAGCCAUCACCAUCAAGGGCAUCCCUUAUAUCCGACUGACUGAAGAGUACAUCGAUCCCAAGUCACACAAGUUUUUAUUGUUGCUCCAAUCAGAAACCUCAGUUUAACAGUGGCAGAGUGGACGAGCGCACUGUUACUUACAGACUUACAGAACUGUUACGGUUGUCCAACUGAAAUCCUUUUGUACUUUUUUUUUGUUACCCAUGUUUAUGUAGUUUUCUCACAUAUAGAGUAUUUAUGUCUUUGUCUUUGUCCCAGGAGUCUUGAAAGUUGAUAAAAGACAGAAAACUAGGAGAAAUGCACUGAAAUGUUCUCUGUCGUGACCUUUGCAGAACACAGUUCAGUUACAUCUCUAUGCACUACAGAUGACCCUCACAAACUUUGAGUUUCCUUUAUGUGCAUGUGCCAGUGUGUGCCUGCACAGGAGUGUUUGAGAUUUUUAGAACACAAUUGUGUGUGUUUGUCUGGUUUUUAUGAUAAUGUACACUGGGGUCUGUCCUUCUCCUUCGUGUCACUGUAGUGACCAGGACAUUUGAUAUGAACUGAAACGCUCUUUUUCAGUCUUAAGCAUUUAUUAUUUAAUUGUCUUGUAUUGCAGAUGUAUGUACAGUAUUUAUACGUGAAUAUGCUUUAUCCCUACAGACUUUUUAUACCAAAAUCAUGUAACGCUUGAAUGAUUUUUUUUAACCAUUUGAAAAAGAAUUUCUACCCCGUCCGUCUGCGCUGUACUUGUUGAGAUAAUUGGACUGUAGAUAGAUGUGUUUGUAAUUGUCAGACAAUUCAAAGUCUCACGUACUAAAGAUGACGACAAAUGAGGACAGAGACUGCCAAAAUCAUAAAUAAAUCAAGUUGUUAAAGAUCACAAAUAAUAUAAAAAAAAAAUCAAAAUAGGCCUUAAUUUGUUUUUAAAAAUGUGCCAUUAAUUAGAAUUUGUGUACUUUUGCAUUUCAGUCUACCUUAGUUCACUAAGAAUAUCCCAAUGAGAGGAAGCUAGGUUUGUUGCAUCCUGGCAUUGAUCAGCCAGUUGGUGACCCAAUGAAGCCUGGGAUAUUUCACAUAUGUCCUGUUGUGGGGGUGAUGGAGCCUAUCCCAGCUCACAUGAGUAAAUAAAGAAAAUAAUCCUCAUCCAUUUUCUUAAACGCUUUUCCAAUUCAGGGUCGUGGGCGGUGGCUAGACCAUGCCAGCUGUCAUAGGGCAAGAGAUAGAAUACAACCUGAACUCUGUGGUUCAACCUGAAGCUUCUUGUAUUUAUAAGGCUUGCUGUGUUACCAAAAGAAUAUUUAUUUAAUAAAUAAAAAUUAAUAUGAAACAGGAAAGCAAAUAAAUAGGAAAAUUGUUGCAAUGGUUAAUCAAUUAAACAAACAAAAAAAAGCUAAUCAGUUUAUUUUAAAUGUUUUUAAGAAUUUUUAGUUUAUUUUUGAUUUUGGCAGUCGCAGUCUUCAAUAAAUGCCACCUACGCUGCAACUGAAUACCGUCUACUCAAUAUGUAGUGAAGGGACAUAUCUUAAUACCUGUUAUGUAUGUGUAAGUGUGUGCAGUGUACACGGAUCUGAUGUGUGAGCCAGCAGAAUCUUAUUUGGAUAGGUUAUGCAAAUCACAUCUCAAGUUAAAAUUUUACCCACUUCUAUGAUUUCAGAACAUAUGGCCCUGAUUUUUUUUUUUUUUUAAUCUUGAUUUGGUUUAUUAUUAUAGCAUUGCUCCAUGUAAUGUAAACCUUGUUGGCCAAUGACAUGUAAUCAGGCAUGGGCUUAACACAACGCACAACCUAAAGGAUUAUUUAAAAUCAGAUUUCUGAUGCAAUUUCAAAAUGAAGUACUUUAUUUACACAUUUAAAAUUAAUAUUGUAUUAUCGCUUGCUGCGUGCAAGAGUCAAAAUUAAAACAAUAAUAAUUUAUUGGGAGCAGCUCAACCCAGUGUCAGUAUUUCUGCUGCCAGUAUUUAGUGUCGCACUACUGCCACCUGCCUACAACUGCUGGAACUCUGUCAUAAUGAGUGAGGAUAUUUGAUGUGUAUUUUUUAAACCUUUUCUAUAUAUAAGCCUUGAUGUGUUGUAAAUUUAUAUUUACAAGAGUGUUACUGUGCUUACAGAGGGUGUAGUUUUGUUUAGGACCCGUUAGGGGCGUUGAUGGUUGUAAAUACCUUCUCUUGUACGAUUACACAUGUGCCUCAGUUUGACAUAUUUAGGAUGUGCUCAGCAUACAUGUGCAGUUUUCAAGUUUGUGAGUUUCAGCAUACGUGUGUGAGAAAGAAACCGAGUCAAAGAGAAAAGAAGAAAACCCAGUGAUGAAAACAGAGAUCGCUCUCCCAAAUGUCCGGAUGCAGCUGAGAGGUCAUGAGAACCCCCCCCCCCGUCUCCUUUUAUACAGCAUAACCUUCAGAUUUACUGC